UCGACGCAACAGCGCCACUUUUGAGCGUUCUUUAAUGAUUGUCAACAACAGACGACAGCAGCUCUCAGAAAAUCGGUCUAUAAAGCGGAGUCAGAGGACAGUGUCACUACAUUAGGUCCCGAAGUUACACGCGUGAGAAUAUUUUCUCUUGUUUUGUCUCGGUUGAAUGUUAAUUCAGCUACGAGGGUGACUGAAGGAGUUGUCAGCACCUUACUGCCAGCGGUUGCUAGGAGCUGAGCUUAGCUAGCUAACAACGGUCUCAGCUGUCUUCAUCUGUUAUUAUUGGACAGUAAAAGAUGGUCCAAGACCGUGCUCAGAUUCGACACCAGGGUGCCCAUGACUUCAUGGCGUACUAUGAAUUUGCCUGUGCCAGACAGGAUUCAGUUCCUCUCCCCGCUGUUAAGAUGAAUCUUGACAAACAGAUGCUGGACUUUAAUGGAGACCGGCUCAAAUUAACGGACUGGCCACCUGUUCUCCACUCUAUAUCCAUCAACAAGCACCUACGCCACAUUGCAAUAAGCAGCACGUACCAAGGUGGUCCAACUUCAAGAGAAGCAGAUAAAAGGUACUAUAAAUCUACCUUCAAGAGGAGGAUCCCACCCAUUCGUUCCAAGGAAAUGACAUUUAAGCUGUGCAAGGCUUUGAGAGAGUGUCUGACCGUCUCUCCCAGUCUCAAGACCCUGCAGCUGAUUGGACUCCCGCUGAGAGAAAGGGACCUCAUCAGUUUAACAAAAGGUUUAUCAAUAAGCGCAGCACUGGAAAACCUGUCUCUGGCAAACUGUCCCAUUUCUGAUGAAGGCUUGGAGGUCAUUUGCCAGAGUGUUAAGUAUUCUACCAACAUCAGGACGAUAGAUUUUACAGGAUGCAGUCUUACAUGGAGAGGGGCGGAGCAUAUGGCCCAAAUCAUUAAGCACCAGGGAAUGCAGAGACACGGUACCGCUUGGGCUGAGUCACUGAGAUACCGACUACCCCAUUUUGAUCGAAUGGGAGGUCUCCGCCGUGUCACCCUAAACUCCAACACUUUGAUCGGGGAUCGAGGAGCAGCUGCUCUUGCACAUGAGCUGGCUGAGGACCUCUGGGUUAAAGCGGUGGAUCUGCAGAGCUGCGGUUUGUCCAGCCAAGGAGCUCGUCGUUUGCUGGAAGCCUUGAAAACAAAUUCUUCUCUGUGUGUGCUGGAUAUACGUAGUAAUCCUUUAGUUGACAAGGGUCUGAUUAAAACGGUGAUAGAAAAAGUUCUAAUGAAUGCAGAAGGGCAGUCACUAGAGUACCACUGGAUCAAGCCAAAGGCCGCAGAGCCACAAAGGGUACUGGGUCCAAAAAGGCGAGCCAUCCCCAACCCAGCAAAAGGAAAAUCUUCUUUAAAGACUGCUGCUGUUAAAGGACCGUCUGGAGGACGGACUUCAGGUGUCACUCAAACAAAGAAGUCUUAUUCCCGCUGUUCCUAUGUGCCGUGGCGUGCUGCUGCCCGAGCUGGACGCCAGAGAGGUUUGCCUCCUGAAGAUGCUGUUAAAGAGCAAAGCUUUCAGGGUGCAGCUACAGUAAAAGUCACUAUGGAGCCCGACUCAGAGGGAGAGGAGGAGGAGGAGAGUGAUGAAAAAGAUGAAGAAGUUGUGUUUGAAGUGGAGCAGAGAUCGUCUUCACUAGCUCUCCAGGACAGACCCACAGGACUGCAGCUUGAUCGGAUCCAGAUGGAGCUGAAAGAGUGUCGUCUGAGGCUGACAGAGGAACGCAGGGCUCGCCUAACAGCUGAGUCAAGACUCAUGGAGUACAAGUUAGAGAACGACAGACUCCUUGAUGCCAACCGCUCCCUGUCAGAAGCCCUUGCAGCCGUUGGCUCUGCAGCAGCACCACCUGCUUCCAGUGCUCUGGAAGACGAAGCAGUUCUCGAAAGCAUCGAAAGGUCAUUUACUAAGUUCCACGCCUUCCUGGAUCUCCUCAAAGAUGCUGGCCUGGGUCAGAUAGCUUCCAUGGCGGGCAUCGAUACAUCAGAUUUUCAUCCUCUGGGAAAACCUCAGCUCUCCUCUACAAUGGGACCACAUUUGGCUGGUGCAGAAUCACGAAUCGCCCGGGAGUUCAGGGAUGUUCAGGAAGAGCAUUAUGCUGCAUCUUUGGUAAACAACAUGGUGCCAAAUCUUCCCGGUGGAGCAGCGAACACCCCGCCCUCUUGCAAAUCCCCUCCUCCUCUCAGAGCAUCCCUACAGAACAACAGACUUCUAGAUGUGACCUUUAGUCACGCUGGAGUCGAUACUAGAGACCUGGUUGUGGGCGGGGACAAGGAACCACAUCAAUAUAUAAGACCUGAUAUUCAGCGUGACUCGGAGUCGGAGCAAAGUUUCCAUAGCAACAAGUCCUGUGAUAACAUUUCCUUUGGUAAAACCUUCCAGACACAACCAACCAGCCAAAGGGAGGAAACCGGCUCUCACAGGAGCAACAGUUACCAUGGAUACAGCCUCAGCCACACCUACAGUGGUGGCUACCAGAACAACGGGUCUCACGGCGGCUCGUCCGAGAGCCUCAGUGAGAUUAUUAGUGACAAGGCAGAGUCUGUGGAGUCAGCAGGGUCAAGGAGCAGCGGGGUGAGGAGGCUGGUAAUGGUCGGCCAGUCGAGGUCGGAGGGGUCAGAGAGAAGAGUCUAUCCCGGGAGGGCUGCUCUGACACAGAUUCCAUCUGUGGGGGGUCGAUCAGAUCAGGAGUCCUUCUGAUAUGAUCACCUCAGACAAGAGGUUCAGGAGUCGUCUGUGUUCCUUUUACCAACAGCUUUAUUUAUGUGUUUAGGAUUUAUUGUACAAACGUUUUAAGUUAGAGGUUUAUUUUUAUAAUACACGAGCAUUUUGUAUUUUUAGGGAAAAUUGAACAAAUUUCCUAACCUUUUAAUUGAAUUCUUAGUUCAUGUCUUCUUCCAUGCAGAUUAGUGGAGGUUUAUCCAGAAGUUAAUACAUUAUUCCUGCUGGUUUCAUGUGAUUUGUUAUUAUCAAGGCUUUUGAGACCCAUACAGUUUUUUUAUAAAGUUUUUUAUUCUUUUACCAGUCUGUUCAAAUAUCAAAAUUGUGUUUAUUUUAAGUAAACUUCUGUGGUUUAACCACCAAUAAUGGUUUUGUUUGUUUGAAAGUCAAAAUGUUGGAUAUAAACCAUUUUAGUGAAGCUAUUUUUUUUAAAUAAACCAGAUGAUGUGCCAUUAA